AUGGCCAGAGGUAGUUCUAUAUGUUUUCUUUUUGGGUCUUCUUGGUUCUACACCAAUAAUCCUAAAAUUGGGAAAUCUGAUCCGAAAGAAACCUAUGCACCGUUGGAACUUUGUUGUCCGCAGUGGUCAACCUGGAGCUCCAUUCCCAUCUGGAAACCCUUCAAAUUCUUGGAGCAGUUUGAUACUGGGAAUGGUAUUGUCGAUAAUCACACCGUUCAGGAGGCACAGAUUUUGUAUUAUCAAUGUGUAGAUAAGGUGGAUGUGGUUGUUAAAACUGCUGAAGUAGUUGUCGUGGUGGUGGAGAAGGGAGCCGAGGAAGUGGAAAAGAUCGCAAAGGAAGUAGUAGAGAAACUUCCUGAGGGUGGAAUUAAAGCUGAUGUGAGUCUUCUUGGAAAUAUCGCUAAAGAAACUGCCAAGGAUUCUCAUAUAGCUAAAGACGUAAUUCACAAGGUGGAGGAGGUGGAGACAGAGGUUGGAUCCUUUUUUCGAUCAGUCCCAAAUAAAGAAAAUAAGACCACCAAGGAAGGCAGUGAAAGUCAUUGA